GAUCCCAUUUGCCGAAGCCCUCCGUGCCCAAAUCCGUACAAACGCAGGCUUUGUGUCCGUUCACCCGCGGUGAGUUCAUCUCCCUUCCAAAAACCUAGAUUUCGCCGUUCUCAUAUUCAACCCUCGCUUAACGGGCUAACGACGUGGACGGGCCCCUAGGAACGGCCGACGUGUCUCCGGCAACGGCAGCAGAGAUGGACGGAACCCUAACCGUUGACGGCGGAGGCUCUUUCUCCCCGUUCUUCAUCUUCCUCAUCGUCCUCGCUCUCCAGGCCCUCGAUGGAUUCCUCGCCAUUAUCAAGAAGAGAGGAUCAAGCAGCAGUGAGCAAGCUCAGUUAAGGCAAGAGAUAAAGCAACUUUUGAAAGAGGCAAGCUCUUUGUCAACGCCUGCCACAUUUGCCCAGGCUGCAAAACUUCGACGAACAGCAGCAGCUAAAGAGAAGGAACUAUUGAAAAAAAAGGAGGAGCAAGCAAAGGAUAGCAAAUUGUCGCAUGGUUUAUAUGGAAGAACACUUCUUGUUCUUAAGGUGUUAUUAUAUAUUGGACUAUGCUGGUGCUUUUGGACUGUACCUGUUGCAGCAGUCCCUCAACAUCUUUUGCAGCCUUUCGGGAGCUUUUUAUCCUGGAGAAGUAAAGAUUCGGCGACUGGCCUUAUCACGGUUGGGAUAAUUCCUUGGCUGGUUCUCUCCUCUCGGGUCAGUAAAUUCAUGUGUCAGAAAUUUUCCAAGGCUAUUGCUCUUAAAUAGAAGAGAAGAUCCUUGCUGGAAUUGAAUCUGAUCAAGAUCUCUCAUGGAGAGACAAUGGCCAAAAUUUUGUGGAUUUAACCCAGGAUGAGCCUCACAAAUGUUCUUGAGAUUUAUUAAAGAUGAGAAAAAUCCGGGCACACUAUUUUAUGUUAUUUUAUUUUUGUGCCUUUUUUGUGUUCUGUGGUUAUAUUGAGAAUUUUUUUACUUGUGUUUCAGUGAGUAGAUUACUUCCAUUGUACAA